AUGCUGGUCACACGAUCUCCUGAAAACAAAGGUGCAGGCGGCCAGCAGAAUGAACCAGCAAUCCAGCAGGCGCAACCGCAACCGCAGCGAAGACGAGCCACAUGUAAGGUGUGCGAGGAGCCGUACAACGAGGAAAUGAUUCUUUGCGAAGGGGUAUGUAGAAAAUGGUUCCAUUUUAUAUGUGUAGGUAUAAGUAGUGUUCAGGCUGAUGAGUUGGAUAGGUGGGUUUGCGAUGAUUGUAAGGAAGGGUAUAGAAAAAGAGUAGAAAUUCUCUGCAGGGAAGUAAUUGCGUUGAAUGAAGUAGCGCAAAAAACCAUCGACUUAAAGAAGAGAGGAACGGUGAUCCGGUCAGCGAUAGAAAAGUUUAAUAAUGCCAAACAAAAGUACAUCACUCUAACUGGGAGUUUUAUCGACCAAAAUGGAGAUCCAUUGCCAACUCCAAGGUUAGAGCAGGCUCGGGAAAUGGUUACUGAAGAGGAUAACGAGUCAGAGGGACGGUCAACAUCUUCAAAAAACACAUCCAUGUCAACUGCUACGAGAGUCAAGAUGCGAUUGCUGGAGAGGCAACGAAAGGUACUGAAGGAGCAGCGUCUAAACCUGCAACUAGAGCACGAUGUCCUCAAACAACAACAAGAUCUAAUCGACCAAGCAUCUGUCUGCGAUCUUGACUCCGAAGAUGAAGAAAAUGACCAGGACAAUAACAUCAAACUGAAUCCUCAAGCGCGUGAAUUAAAUCCCAUCAAGAUACAUAAUCAGUUCAAUCUAAGCACAUAUGAACCAACUAUCAGCGGUGAAUAUAAACCACCAUUCGAUCAGAGGCAAAUUGCGGCUCGAAAAAUAUACAGAGCACUUCCAACAUUCACAGGCGAGUUAGAAGAAUGGCCCGUGUUUAAACGAAUGUUUGAACAAUCAACAAAAGAAUGCGGCUAUUCUAACGAAGAAAACUUAAUGCGCCUGCAACAAUCACUCAAAGGCAGAGCUAGAAACGAGGUGGCAAGUCAACUAUGCGAACCAUCAUGCAUACCAGACAUUAUGGAAUCUCUUAUGCUGGCAUUUGGACAGAAAACAGUAAUUCUUAACGCCCAGAUUGAUAGGAUGAGUAAAUUUUCACCUGUGAGAGCAGACAAGCUAGAAUCAAUAAUUCAAUUUUCAACAGCAGUCACUAACAUGAAUGCAAUUAUGAAGGCAUCGUCAUUAGAAAGUCAGUAUGAUAAUCCUUUAUUGUUAAAAGAACUGUUAAAGAAAUUGAAUAAUGAUAUGAAAAUGAAAUGGGCUUCAUAUGCUUACGAAAAUAACGUCUCAGGGGUUUUAGCAUUCGGGUCUUGGUUGAAAAUAGAAGCAAAAAAGGUUUAUUCCAUACUACCAUCGUUCGAGAGGGUCGAAAAGCAGCCAUCUAAAAAAGAAACUAGAAUUAAUGUUCACGUUAUAAAUGAUUCAUUCCUUAAAUGUAUAGUUUGUUCAAAUAAAUGUAAAUCAGUAGAAUCUUGUGCAGUUUUUAAAGGUUUACCUUCAUCUGAUAGGUGGGAAAAGGUCAAAGAGCUUAAGCUAUGCCGACAAUGUUUAAUCGUCCAUAGGAUGAAAUAUCCAUUCAAUUGUAAGAAGGCGGUUAAAUGUAAUGUAGCCGGUUGUAGUCGUAAACACCAUCCACUUAUGCAUUUAGAAGUUAACUCGCAAAUUAAUCUACCUGUAGUAGAAUCUAUACAGAACAGCCAUACGAGAUUGGGGGAUGAUUUUCAGUUCCAGUAUUUACCUGUAAUAUUACACCACGGAAACAAAAAGCAACAAGUGAUGGCGUUUUUGGAUGGUGGUUCUAGUGGCACUCGUAUCGAAGAAGAUGUGGCUGAGCAGUUGGGAUUAACAGGCCCAAAGGUAAUUCUAAAUUUAAAGUGGACAGCCAAUGUGACGCGUCAAGAAGAAUCAACUAAGGUUUCCGUAUCUAUCUCCGGUGUAUAUGAAGGCGCUAAGAAAUAUGUAAUUCCCGAAGCACAUACGAUUAGAGAACUCAACUUACCAAAACAAACCUUGUCUUAUGAAGAGCUGGCGAAUAAAUAUAAUCAUUUACGAGGCCUUCCAGUUUGUUCAUACAAAUCAACACAACCCAAGAUAAUGAUUGGGAUCAGUGAUUGGCACUUAGCAGUUCCCAUAAAAGCACGAUUGGCCGGAGAUAAAGAUCCUGUCGCGACUAAGUGUAAAUUAGGUUGGUCAGUAUUUGGGUCAAAGCGAAUAUCUGAUUACGAAAGUGUGAACUACCACGUCGAAGAACAUCGCGAACCUGAUGAUGAAGAUUUGCAUGAAAGUAUGAAAAAGUAUUUCUCCAUCGAGACUCUCGGGGUCAGAGUGCCCAAAGAUGAUUUAUCGUCCAAAGAAGAUCGCCGGGCCACAUCCGUCAUGCAAAAAACGACUAAGCUUGUAGGACAAAAAUAUGAAACAGGUUUGUUAUGGCGUUGUGAUGAUGUUGACUUACCCGAUAGUUAUCCAAUGGCUAAAUUCAGAUUAAAAACACUCAAUCGACGUUUCGAGAAAAAUCAACAGCUAAAACUUGAGAUUCCUACUUAA